AAAAGAUCCGUGAAUUAUGUCCUUUGGUUCUUCAUCAGAAUGGGCAUCCAGACAAUGGAUCAAGACAAAGUCACUAUAAAACCGUCGCCUGAAGUAUUCGUACAAUGAAAUGGUGAUGACCAAACGUGACUACAGUCUCUGAACAAACCCAACUCUUUUAUUACAAAAAUUGAAUAUAAACAAAAUAGAGCAUCGAUAGCUAGUAUCCAAUAGAGAAUGUCGAGCUGACUGCUCUCAUAAACGAUCUCGCUUGCAAAUCAAUGAUCGCAUGAAUGUUGGUUUGGUUACUGUGAUUGUGAUAGAUUGACAACUAGAUCUUGGCUGAAGUGUGUAUCACUUGCAAGGAAGCCUGCAAGAUUCUCGGUGGUGAAGGCUCGCAGCUGAAUGUAAAAGUUUACGCUACAGGCUACCACCACUUGCUACGUACUAGAUGGCUCAACUAUUUUGUUUUCUUUUUCAUGUUUUUUCAUUCUCGUUAACACUGCCGCUAUUUGGGUUACUGAGGCUCGACAAGCCACAAGUCGAAUCUACGGCACAGUAUCUAAGUUUGCCAUAUGCGGAUGAUAUGAGAGAGUUUGCGAAACAAUAUGCCUUACUACAGUUGUUUGCGUGCGAUUGCUGCUAGAGCCACCUCACUGAAAGUAGUAUAUCUAUGGCCAUGAGUGAGACAUUUCUGAUAUAGACGCCGUAUAUUUACAGUUAUACAAAUCGAAAAAGGGUAGUUACGGAGUAUGCAGACGAUCAGC